GUUACAUAGUUGAGUGUGCUUUGGAUUAUUGAUGGCUCAUUGAAUUUCCAAUACUUACAUAUCUAGUCGAGUAUUAAAACAUUGCUUAAUUGUGUAAAUGAUUUACUUUCGUUAAAAUCGAGUAUUUUCUAGUCCUUUUAUAAAAAAAGAGUAUUUACUAUUAACAUUUUAUAAUAAAUGACGACAAGCUGUGAAUUUUAGAAGUGCAAUUGUAUUAAAUAUUAAAUAUAGAGAUUGACGAUUUAGCAUCAGGAGGUAACCAUCAUUCUUCCAGCACAGCAACUGGGAGCCGCGGUGGCACCAUGGCCAUCCGGAAUUACCUCCGUCGACGACAUGGCUCACAAAGGGCAUAGCGGUGUGAACCAGCUAGGGGGGGUGUUCGUCAGCGGGCGUCCCUUGCCCGACUCCACCAGACAGAAGAUUGUCGAGUUAGCGCACUCCGGAGCUAGACCCUGUGAUAUAUCCAGAAUUCUACAAGUUUCGAAUGGAUGCGUCUCCAAGAUACUUGGCAGGUAUUACGAAACGGGAUCGAUUCGACCACGUGCAAUUGGAGGUUCAAAACCUCGGGUGGCGACCCAAGAAGUAGUUUCUAAAAUAUCUUCCUAUAAACGCGAGUGUCCUUCUAUAUUUGCCUGGGAAAUCAGAGACAGGUUACUUCAAGAAGGAGUCUGCACAAAUGAUAAUAUUCCAAGCGUAUCAUCAAUCAACAGGGUAUUACGUAACUUAGCCGCACAAAAAGAACAAACUUCGAGUCCUCCUGCAUCGAACGGGAGCGACAACGUUUAUGAUAAAUUACGGCUGUUAAACGGGAACCAAACGAGUUGGAGGUCUCCGACGUCCUGGUACUCUCCUGGAAACCCGGCUUUCCAACUGCAGCCUUUAAGUCCGCCUUCCACCAUUUUAGCCGAAGACAGCAUAUCCAAAAAAGGAGUUGAAAUUGAUGGAAUCCAUUCUGAUGAAACGAAUUCAGGUGAUAAUUCUAACGCAGGAUCCAGCAUAGGUCCGGAUGACGACCAAGCCCGGUUGAGGCUGAAACGGAAACUUCAAAGAAACCGUACUUCCUUCACGAACGAUCAAAUCGACAGUUUAGAAAAAGAAUUCGAACGCACACAUUAUCCAGACGUUUUCGCAAGAGAACGUCUGGCAGCAAAAAUCGGAUUGCCUGAAGCCAGAAUACAAGUGUGGUUUUCGAAUCGAAGAGCGAAAUGGAGACGGGAGGAGAAAUUGCGAAACCAAAGAAGAGGAUCGUCCAUUCCUACUGAACAUCCCGGGCCUACCGCAUCGCCGCCCCGCUUGCAGUCCUUCUGCAAUACCACCAUGUAUUCCCCGAUCGCACCUCCGAUGUCUUUGUCUGACACCUAUAGUACAAUGUCCACGAUGUCCAGUUUCGCGCACGGAGCGCUGACUUCGAGUAUGGGAGCCUCUCCCGGAUCGUGUUUGCAACAAAGAGAAAGUCCGACGAUGGGCAGUGCCAUGGGAAGUUACUGCAUGGCGAGACCGAGUUAUGACAUCGGUAUAGGAUAUGGAUCAAGACCGUCGCCCUGUAGUCCAUCACAACCAUACCAAAUGAACGGUCAUCAAUACGCCGUCAAUGGUACGUCUUCAACAGGACUCAUAUCUCCUGGUGUAUCAGUUCCUGUAGCAAUACCUCCAGGCCAAACAGAUAUGGUUUCACCGCAACCCUAUUGGUCCCGAAUCCAGUGACCCUGGUGGAAUUAAAUAGCCAGUACCCAUCCAAUACCAGAUUAACAUUUGGCUGUUCGAAUUUAUUUCAUUCUGCAUGAAUCUUUUUUAAUAUUAUACUUUACAUUUGUGUUCUAUGUAGUUCACCAAAUCCAAAUAUCAAUAGCCAAAUACAAACGUUCUAGUUCAAAGUGUAUUGAGUUUUAAUAAAAUUAGUAGUAUAGGUAGGUAAGCUACCUAGGUACUCCGCUCAUAUAGGUACCAAGAGAUAAAAAAAAUACCAUUUAUUGAUAAUAUAUCAUAUUCACGAUGCCAAGACUAAUUCGACAAUUAAUACGCUCCAUUUGUAGGUCCGCGGGAGAAGACGAAAGAUGAGAAGUAAUAGAAGAGACAAAGAGAGAGAUUGUAUGCCGAUACAACUUUUUUUAUCAAUGAAUAAAUAUGUAAGUCAGCUGUGCGCUUAUAAUAAACAAUAUAGAUAUCCAUGCCGGUGUAACCCCUAUUACCAUUUCCAAUUUAACA